CUGAUGUGCUCCUGAACAGACUUCCGGAGUGAUACAGGCUGCGCUAGCCGGCUGCCAGAAUGAGAACCAACAGGGUCUACAAACUGUGGAUUCACAAAAAGGGGUUCGCAGGCAGUGACUAUGAACUGAUGGUGAACCCCAAGGUCUUUCCCCAGGUGAGACUUGGUGACAUUGUGGAGAUUGCAUAUGUCAAUGACGAAUACAGCCCUCUUCUUCUGCAGGUGAAGUCAUUGAGAGAAGAUCUGCAGAAAGAAACUAUCAGUGUGGACCAGACUGUUGCCCAGGUAUUUAAACUCCGAGCUUACCAGGAUGUCUAUGUAAACAUUGUGGAUCCCAAGGAAUUGCCAGUGAUGAAAAAUGAGGAUUCUGAACACCAGUCCUCAAACUCCGGACUCCCUGCUCACAGGAACCUGAACAUGAGGCCUCAAACUCCGGACUCACAGGACAUCACCCUUGAUUUGGUGGAGCUGACCUUCAAGGACCAGUACAUUGGGCGCAGCGACAUGUGGCGGCUGAAGAAAAACCUGGUUAAUACCUGUGCUUACAUUACACAGAAAGUGGAAUUUGCUGGAAUAAGGGCACAAGCAAGUGAACUUUGGGUUAAGGGUGAAAAAGUCACGUGUGGAUACAUUGGUGAAGAUACAAGGGUGGUGUUUCGAUCUACUUCUGCCAUGGUCUACAUUUUCAUCCAAAUGAGUUGUGAGAUGUGGGACUUCGACAUCUACGGUGACUUGUACUUUGAGAAGGCUGUAAAUGGUUUCCUUGCUGACUUCUUUGCCAAAUGGAAGGAGAAGAAUUGCAGCCAUGAAGUGACGGUUGUUCUGUUUUCUAGAACUUUCUAUGAUACCAAGUCCGCAGAUGAAUUUCCUGAGAGUCACCGAUCCUCUAUUCAGCAGGACCAUGAGGGAAGAUUCUAUGAAGACUUUUAUAAAGUUGUAGCACAGAAUGAAAGACGGGAGGAGUGGACUUCACUACUGACAACAAUUAAAAAGCUCUUCAUCCAGUACCCAGUGUUGGUGCGGUUGCAAGAAACAGAUGGUUUUCCACGUGCUCAGAACUCUACAGCAGCCCAAGGGAACUACUUAGAGGCCAUCAACCUUUCCUUUAAUGUGUUUGACAAGCAUUACAUAAACAGAAACUUUGACCGCACGGGACAAAUGUCUGUUGUCAUCACGCCGGGGGUAGGAGUGUUCGAAGUUGACCGGCUGCUGAUGAUUCUUACCAAACAGCGGAUGAUUGACAAUGGUAUUGGUGUUGACCUGGUGUGUAUGGGUGAGCAGCCUCUUCAUGCUGUGCCCUUGUUCAAGCUGCACAAUCGAAAGAUCCCUGGGGAUUCUCGUCUGGGUGAUGACUACAACAUUCCUCACUGGAUAAACCACAGCUUUUACACCUCUCAGAGUCAGUUGUAUUGUAAUGGCUUUACUCCUCGCAUCAAGCUGGCAGCAAGGAAGACACCAGCAGAGAAAGGCAAGACUAAUCGAGAUAAUGCCAUUGGCGCCAGUAGCCCGAAGGAAUCGGAGAAUAGCCUCCCGAUCCAGGUGGAUUACGAUGCGUAUGAUGCUCAGGUGUUCCGCUUACUGGGGCCUCCUCGGACCCAGAGGCCCACCUCUUUCAGGCCUGUUCGGGAGAGCAGCACCAGAAAGAGUUCCAGCUCCUUUGAUGUUUCAAAUAGUCCCCCCCAGCAACGAGGGACCCAGCCUCUAGAGGAGGUGCGAAGCCAGGCCUCUGACGACAGCUCACUGGGGAAAAUCUCAAACAUCCUCUUGAUUCCACGGCCUCACCUUCACCAGUAUGAGGUCAGCAGCUCUCUGGGCUACACCAGCACCCAUGAUAUCCUGGAGAGAAUGGCUGACUCGCAGCAGCGGGAUUCCAGUGCGCCGGGCCGCUUCCACGUGGGCAGUGCUGAGUCCAUGCUGCAUGUCAGGCCGGGCGGCUACACCCCACAACGGGCGCUCAUCAAUCCCUUUGCUCCCUCCCGCAUGCCGAUGAAGCUGACGUCUAAUAGGAGGCGGUGGAUGCACACAUUCCCCACUGGUCCUUCGGGGGAAGCCAUACAGAUCCACCACCAGACCCAGCAGCACAUGGCAGAGCUUCAGGGUAGUGGUGCCCAUGAUGCCACACACACCUCGGCGGAGCUGCUGGAGCUGGCCUACCAUGAAGCCAUGGGCAGGCGGAGCACGGUCCGGCAGGCAGCCGAUAACUUGUCUUUCCUCGGUGGUCCAGGAGCAGAUGAGUUUGCCAGUAGCCCAGCCAGCAGUCACAGUGCAGGAACCCCUCUGAACCAGGUGGCAUCCCAAGAGAGCUCCUCAACUGGCCGUGAUCCAAUUCUGAUGCUGUCUGCUCCUCCUGUAGUGCCUAGUUUCUGUUGCACAGUGGGAGUGGACUGGAAGUCUCUCACCACCCCUGCCUGCUUGCCACUCACUACAGACUACUUUCCUGACCGGCAAAGCUUGCAAAACGAUUACACCGAAGGCUGCUAUAAUCUCCUGCCAGAGACUGACGUCGACAGAAGAGAAGAGGAUGGGCCCAUAAUGUCGGCCCAGCAGGUGUUUGAAGAGUUCAUCUGCCAACGGCUCAUGCAGGGCUACCAAAUCAUUGUGCAGCCCAAGAACAAGUUGGCCAGCACCGUAGUCCCGGCUCCCCUCAGUAGCAGCCCCCUCUACACACGAGGUCUGGUGUCCAGGAACAAGCUGGAAGAGGAUGAGAUUUCAUACUGGCUGAGUAUGGGACGCACCUUUCAUAAGGUCUGCUUGAAGGACAAGAUGAUAACUGUCACUCGUUACCUACCCAAGUACCCUUAUGAAUCCGCUCAGAUCCAGUACACGUACAGCCUCUGCCCACCACACUCAAGCACAGAGUUUGUGUCAUGCUGGGUGGAGUUCUCUCACGAGCGUUUGGAAGAGUACAAGUGGAAUUACCUGGAUCAGUACAUCUGUUCAUCAGGCUCUGAAGAUUUCAGUUUGAUCGAGUCCCUGAAGUUCUGGCGAACCAGGUUCCUGCUGCUGCCAGCCUGUGUAACGGCCACGAAGCGGAUUACGGAGGGUGAGAGCCACUGUGAUGUCUACGGGGAGACACUGCGCUCAGAUCAGGAGGAGUGGCAGCUGCUGGAUGGCUUCAUUCGAUUUGUGGAGGGUCUGAAUCGGAUUCGGAGAAGGCAUCGCUCGGACAGGAUCAUAAGGAAGGCAGCCCCCAUUAAAGGUCUGCAGGUGACUGGCUCUCUACCAAACUAUCCCACUGAACCAGCAGCGCCCCCGCUGGGGAAGAAAGGGACUUCAGCUCUGUCAGCCUUGCUGGAGAUGGAAGCCAACCAGAGGAGCUUUGAGGAGCAGCAGGCAGCUGUGCAUUCUGGGAAAGGAGCUGUCCCGUCCACCGAGAACACUCCCCUUUCGGGCGCAAACUUAGUCAUCACUCCCACGCAUGUGGACAGUCCGAGAAAGGUUCAAGGAGAUCAGGUGUUAAUUGGCCCUGACCAUUCAGAUUACAGUCCAGCUUCGACAGCCAAUGCUGCCCCUGCAGACAGAUCAGGCAACCUGCAAAACUCCACCCUGGGGGCUGCUUCAGCUACAGGCGACCAGUCUUUGGCCUCCACUGUGGCAGAGGGCAGCAGUCAGCUGUCCUCUGGGAUCACAAGUGCACUGACUUCCUCCUCAUCUCUCGCAGAGGUACUGGAGGCAAUGAAGCACCCAACUACCGGUAUUCAGCUGCUUCCUGAACAGAGAGGGCUGCACCCCAACUGUUUCAUCAGUGCUGAAGUGGUCCACUGGCUUAUCAGCAAUGUCGAAGGAGUCCAGACGCAAUCCAUGGCCAUCGAUAUCAUGCAGAAAAUGCUGGAUGAGCAGCUGAUUGUUCAUGCCUUUGGGGAAUCCAUGCGGACCUUUGUGUACGGUUUCUACCUGUACCGACUCAUCUCAGACAAAGACACAGAGAAAGGGACAGUGCAGCCUUCCACUAUCUGGUACACUUCCACAAUGGACGACCUGGUGGCCUUCCAGCGCAAGUGGUUUGAGGUGGCUUUCCUUACAGAAGAGCGACUUCACGUUGACAUUCCUGCCUUCCUGUUACCGUGGUUACCCAGUAGGCCAGCAUCCUAUGCAAGUAGGCACAGUUCCUUCAGCCGCAGUUUUGGAGGACGAAGUCAAGCUGCUGCUUUACUAGCUGCCACGGUCCCUGAACAAAAAACAGUGACGCUGGACGUGGAUGUCAAUAACCGCUCGGACCGCGUGGAGUGGUGCAGUUGUUAUUACCAUGGCAACUACUCACUGAGCGCUGCGUUUGAAGUCAAGCUGCACUGGAUGGCAGUGACAUCAGCCGUGCUCUUUGAAAUGGUACAAGGCUGGCACAGGAAGGCGACCUCCUGCGGCUUCCUCCUGGUACCCGUCCUGGAAGGCCCAUUUGCUCUCCCCAGUUACCUCUAUGGAGACCCACUGCGAGCUCAGCUCUUCAUCCCCCUCAAUAUCAUGUGCUUGGUGAAGGAUGGAGCUGAGCAUCUCUUUGACGGAUUUGAACCGGAAACUUACUGGGAUCGGAUGCAGCUUCUGCAGGAGGCCAUUCUUGCCAGGUUUGGAUUUGUUCAAGACAAGUACUCAGCCUCGGCCUUUAACUUCCCUGCGGAGAACAAGCCACAGUACAUUCAUGUCACAGGGACCGUGUUCCUUCAGCUGCCCUAUUCUAAGCGCAAGAUGACGAGUGGCCAGCAGAGACGGCGGAGGAAUUCCACCAGCUCCAGCACCCAGAGCCUCUUCGGCGAGGAGAAGAUCGGCUACAACUGGGCCUACAACACCAUGUUGACCAAAACCUGGCGAUCCAGUGCCACCGGGGAUGAGAAAUUCGCUGAUCGUCUGCUGAAAGACUUUACUGACUUUUGCUCCAAUAGGGAUAAUCGCUUGCUCAACUUCUGGGAGAGCUGCUUGGACAAAAUGCAUUCCAGUGCACCGUGAGAAAGCAAAGCUACGUGUGUGGAUAGCUAGUCAUGGCAUAUGCAUCCAUCUUCUAUCUGAUGUAAGCUGGUUCACUGCCUGUUGGUAUACACGUUAUUCUUUUCCUUAAUGGACGAUAGUCACCAUUAAUCCCACUUCCUUUCAUUGGUUGAAUGGUAAAUGCCCCUGAUGCAUGCAUCCAAGCAAAGCACAUUGAGGAUGGUACAUUUUAGUGAUAUGCAAUAUGAGUCCCUGUUACCCUCUGCAUUGUUUCCUGCUGCCUCUACUGAAGUUUCCAGACAAUAAUUCCUUUACCCCACUCUUUUACUCUCCAAGGUUGACAUGAGUGAUCUGUUUGACCACACUGAAUUUAGUAUUUUCUCAAAUCUGGCUGGAAUCCAGUUGGGCAGAGGAGGUGCAGCUUUCUGCAAUUCAGAAAAAGGAAAGGGUUUGGAAUGGAGUCCAGAAAUGCCAAGGGGAAUUGGCUUCAUCUGCUCUCACGCCUCUCAGUGGUGUGUAGUUGAUUUCCUUUAUUGAUCAGAUCUUUCCCCAACAAACAGUAAUCAACUUUUGUGGACCUUGCUUCUUCCAAGCCUAUUUGACUUGGUCCCCAAACUGCUAUCUUACGGGAAGUCCACAUUCUGGCUGGCAUCGCUGUGCUGUUGAGUAUUUAUUUGAGCCUUUGUAUACUGAAAUAUUUACCUCUCUUGCUGAGAGGGGAAUGGAAAGACCUGUGCUGCAGAGUUAAACACCACUGCUGGUACAGUCCUGCUAACAAGAAUAUUUGUAAUGUGAUUGACACACACCUAUGCCAUCUCCCGAUUCUAUAUUUUUUGUGCAUUACCUUCCUCAAUUUUCUUUGUAAUUCUCAGUCCCCAAAACUGACAUUCUUGCCUAAGGUAGUGGUGGUGUUGGUCCUAAGAAUUGAAAUCCAUUUGUAGACUACAGUACAGAAAGUUUCCUAAUGGCUUCUGUCAAAUUAAUACCAAAAUCAAGCUCAAACUCCAAUUAUAAUUGACAGAAAAUAUAGCAACAUCUGUCUGUACUUAUGAAUCUGCUGAGGUAGGAAAAUAAGAAAGCUAGGGGAGCAACAAUGUCUACAUGGAUUUCUAAAGAGUGAUGUUUCACAUUGACUUGUGCUGGCAGGACGGCCACGUUGAACCAUGAUGAGAAUAACUUCCGAUUUCUGGCACAUAUGCUGCACAUUAUCUCAGUGUAGUCACUAAGUAUGAGGGAGACUAUGGAAUAUUUGUCGGGCCAAUCCACUUGUAUGAGAAUUUAAAUUAUUACCAUAGCUGGGGACAAGCCCCCAUUGUUGUGUGGCUGUGAUAUGGGCUCCAUGAAAGUGCCCAUUGUCUCCAAUACUCUUGUAAAGAGAAAGCUGCACCUUUGACUUGUCCUUAGCUUUAUCUUAAUAAUUUAUAUUUACAAAUAAAGAGGAAAAAAUGAU